AUGAACACUUACUUCACUCUCGCUGCUACUGCUUUGGUCUUCUUCUCCUCUGUAAACGGUGAAGACUGCUCAAGUGACGCUCAGGCGAAUGCCCACAAAUCCAUGAUAGAUCUACUAACUGGCAAUGUCCUGAAAGAUUGUGCCACCAAGUCAAAGUACGACAUGCUGUUAGCCACGACACCACCGACUCUGGAGCAGAGCGCCGCCAUGUGCGAAGCGAAAGAAUGCCACAAUCUCAUUGCAUUGAUUCAUAAAGCCGACCCACCAAACUGUGUAUUGAAGAUUCCUACGAGCGGCUAUAGAGUUAAUGUGAAGCUCAUGGCUGACAACUUUGAGACAGGCUGUGCGAAUCCAGGCACCGAAAAACGUGAUGCCCUGAGAUCGUCUCCUCCUUCCCAAGCACGUUCUACUUCCGUGAACUUUCUACUGCCUUGA